AGCCCCCCCCCACCGCCACCACACACACAAUAAUUGAAUUUAUUAUUAUUGCCGUCUCGCCGACUUGGGGAAGAGGGAUCGAUCUUCGAUCAGGAAGAUGGCUGCUGGCUGGCUGCUAGUCUUUAGCUUGACACUUUUCCAGUCCCUGGUGAUGAACCACUCCUCGGAGGGACCUUUCCCUUCGGCCACCACGAUAAAAUCAUGGGUCGAUAAGAUGCAAGAAGACCUGGUAUCAUUGGCACGAACAGCGAGCGGAGUGGAUCAGCUUGCUGCGAUUUAUUUGAAAAACAGAGAUUUGUAUACCGUAGAAGCCAACAACCCUCGUCAGCUAGUGGAAAUUGCAGCCAGAGACAUUGAAAAACUUUUGAGUAACAGAUCUAAAGCCUUAGUGCGCCUUGCUAAAGAAGCAGAGAAGUACCAAGCAUCACAUCAGUGGAGGGAUGAGUUUGGGAAUAAUGAUAUAAUCUAUUACAAUGCAAAAGACGAUCAAAAUGAUCCUGAAAAGAAUGACACUGAAUCCGGCAGCCAGAGAAUCAGACCAGUAUUCGAAGAGGAUCCUGUUUUCCGACGGCAAACAUCUUACCAGCAUGCAGCAGUCCACAUACCAACAGAUAUUUACGAAGGCUCAACGAUAGUGUUAAAUGAACUCAACUGGACUGCAGCAUUGGAUGAUGUAUUCAAGCGGAACAGAGAAGAGGACCCCACUUUAUUAUGGCAGGUUUUUGGUAGUGCAACUGGCCUGGCAAGGUAUUACCCAGCUUCCCCAUGGGUAGAUAACAGCCGAACUCCAAACAAAAUAGAUCUAUAUGAUGUUCGCAGGAGACCAUGGUAUAUCCAAGGAGCUGCAUCUCCCAAAGACAUGCUUAUUUUGGUUGAUGCGAGUGGAAGUGUCAGUGGGCUGACGUUGAAGCUGAUCCGCACUUCAGUCAUUGAGAUGUUAGAGACCUUAUCCGAUGAUGACUUUGUGAAUGUAGUUUCGUUUAACAAUAAUGCUCAGAACGUCAGUUGCUUUAAUCAUCUUGUCCAAGCUAAUGUGAGGAACAAGAAGAAGCUGAAAGAAGCUGUCUAUAAAAUCUCUGCUAAAGGAAUAACAGAUUACAAAAAAGGCUUUAGCUAUGCCUUUGAACAGCUGCUAAAUCACAGUGUUUCUAGAGCUAACUGCAAUAAGAUCAUUAUGUUAUUUACGGAUGGUGGUGAAGAAAGAGCACAAGAAAUUUUCCACAAAUAUAAUGAAGACAAAAAAGUACGUGUGUUUACAUUUUCUGUUGGUCAACAUAAUUAUGACAAAGGACCCAUACAGUGGAUGGCCUGUGAAAAUAAAGGCUAUUAUUAUGAAAUUCCAUCCAUUGGAGCCAUAAGAAUAAACACCCAGGAAUAUCUGGACGUUUUGGGAAGACCAAUGGUUUUAGCUGGAGAAAAAGCCAAACAAGUCCAAUGGACAAAUGUCUAUCUGGAUGCUCUGGAGCUGGGCCUUGUGAUUACAGGAACUCUACCUGUCUUCAAUCUAACAAAGGAACAAAAUGGGAAAAUAAAUCAACUGAUUCUUGGAGUAAUGGGGGUUGAUGUUUCUUUGGAGGACAUAAAAAAACUGACACCCCGGUUUACGCUUUGUCCAAACGGAUACUAUUUUGCAAUUGAUCCUAAUGGUUAUGUACUGCUUCAUCCAAACCUCCAACCAAAGGAGCCUGUUACACUGGAUUUUCUAGAUGCUGAAUUGGAAAAUGAUAUUAAAGUUGAGAUUCGGAAAAAAAUGAUAGAUGGAGAAAGUGGAGAAAAAACAUUUGAAACACUGGUCAAGUCCCAAGAUGAGAGAUACAUUGAUAAAGGAAACAGAACGUAUACAUGGACUGCUGUGAAUGGUACUGAUUACAGUUUGGCAUUGGUUUUACCAUCAUACAGCUUUUAUUAUAUUAAAGCCAAAAUAGAAGAACCAAUAACUCAAGCCAGAUUUUCAGAAACAUUGAAGCUUGAUAAUUUUGAUGAAGCUGGCUAUACGUUUAUAGCACCGAGAGAAUACUGUAAUGAUGUAAAAAAAUCAGAAAACAACACCGAGUUUCUAUUAAAUUUCAAUGAAUUUAUUGACAGAAAUACUCCAAGCAGUCCAUCAUGUAAUACUGAUAUGGUCAUUAGAGUUUUGCUGGAUGCAGGAUUUACAAAUGAACUUGCCCAAAGUUAUUGGAGUAAACUGUCUCUUGAUGGAGUUGUUGCACAAUUUGUUGUUACAGAUGGUGGAAUUACUAGAGUCUUCCCCAAAAGGGCAGGAGAAGAUUGGUUGGAAAAUGCUGAAACUUAUGAAGUCAGCUUCUAUAAACGGAGUUUAGAUAAUGACAACUAUAUUUUCACAGCUCCAUAUUACAACAAAAGUGGUGCCAAUAGCUAUGAAACAGGUAUUAUGGUAAGCAAGGCUGUGGAAAUAACGAUUAACGGGAAGCUUCUGAAACCAGCAGUUGUUGGAAUAAAAAUUGACGCAACCAGCUGGAUGGAAAAUUUCACAAAAACCACAAUCAAAAGCCUGUGCAACAGUGAAAUCUGUGGCUGUGAGAGAAACAGUAUGCAUGUGGACUGUGUUAUCCUUGAUGAUGGUGGCUUUCUUUUGAUGUCAAAUCGGGAUGAAUACACACAACAGAUUGGAAGAUUCUUUGGUGAAAUUGAUCCUGGUCUGAUGCGAAACCUGAUUAACAUGUCCCUGUAUGCCUUUAACAAGUCAUAUGACUAUCAGUCAGUCUGCGAUCCUGAAGAAGAACCAAAGCAAGGAGCUGGGCUUCGUUCUGUUUAUGUGCCUACAAUAACAGACAUUUUGCAUCUAGGAUGGUGGGCUUCAGCAGCUGCCUGGUCUAUCUUACAGCAGCUGUUUUUGAGCUUGACUUUUCCACGUUUCCUUGAAGCAGCUGAUAUGGAAGAUGAUGAUUUUGGUGCUGCCCUGCCUAAAACAAGCUGUAUCACUGAGCAAACCCAGUAUUUCUUUGAAAAUGAUGAUAAAUCCUUUAGUGGGAUUGUAGACUGUAUAAACUGCUCCAGACUUUAUCAUGCAGAGAAGAUUUCAAACACCAAUCUAGUAUUCAUUAUUAGUGACAGCCAACUGCUGUGCCGCUCCUGUGACCCCAAGCCACUGAUGCAAGCAGAGAAGCCGGAUGAAGGGCCAAAUCCUUGCGAAAUGGUCAAACAACCCAGAUACAGAAAGGGUCCUGAUGUCUGUUUUGAUGAAGCCAAACAGGAGGAUUCAGCCGACUGCGGUGGUGUCUCUGGUCUGAGUCCAUCACUGUGGUCUAUGGUAGGAAUUCAAUUGGUCCUGCUUUGGCUGUUAUCUGGCAGCAGACACUGCCAGUUAUGACCUUGCUAAACCAAAACCUGCAUAACUUAUUCAAGACCCGGCCAAAACGAUAGCCUCAGUUUCAUUUUAAAAAGGGUCAACUAUUCAGAAAGCAGCAGAACAGCAGUGCUCAUGUCUGGUUGUCACUCCUAGUGAGACUCAUAAAGGCAUCCACGGUGGCUGCAUGUUGGAGUGUCGGAUCCUUAAACGUGUGUGAAUGCUGCAUCAUCUAUGCCAUCCAAACAGAAUUCUGUACAUUCUCCAUCGGGGAAUCUAAGAUUAUUAUUUUUGUUUGUUUGUUCGCAGUUGUAAUCUUGACUUCAUGUAAAAGGGCUCCCCUGACAAUAGCUUAUGUAUAUGAUUUUCCUUUCUUUUAAGCUUUGGAUAUCUUGAAGAUUUCUAUUCUUUUACAUGAACAGUUAUUAAAAAAAAAAAAGAAGAAAAGAAAAAGAAAAGAGAAAACAUCCUCCCCAGUAGCACCAUGAUAGGUACUUUGAAUAUGAGUUUUGUCCAAACUAUUUAAGUAAGAUGAAAGUAUUGGCUAACCUUCAUCAGAAGUUCAGCAUGCUUGAAAGGCUUUGUAAUGAGUGGUUUAAUCUUCCAAAAUGAAUCACAUAGCCAGAUAAGUUUUGGUAGGUAAAUUGUUAAGGGAAGGAAUCAAGUAGGGAAAGAAGGAAGCAAGAAAGAAAGGAAGGAAGCUUCUGAUUUUAAAAAUAUAAAGGUGCUUGAGAGUUUAACUAAAAAGGGAUUCUCAUAUUAAACUUUAUGUCAUCUUCUGUCAGAAAACAAAAGUUAACUUCAGUGUAAUAUUCACCUCCUUUUCACAAUGCAGUUAUAUAUAAAGCUAAUAGAAUCCUUCAAAGGCUCAAACAAAAAUGCUUGUGAAUAAAAAACGUCUUUGUGAUAUUUGAGCGUUGGUUUCCAAGGGUAUUUUGCAUGACGAUGAUGCUAUGUUACUGUUUUUUGGUUUGUUUUCUUUGAUGGUAGAGUAUAGUCCACUGAAAAGGUAACUGAGUGAUUCUUUUAUUGUGUGAGAAACUGAACAUUGCAAUGUGUUACAAUCAAAUCAUAUUAAAUAAUAUUAUGAAACAGAGCUCUGAAUAUACUGUGCAAUGAAAAAGCUGAGAAAAUAGGGUAAAUUUAGCUAUCGUAACAAAAGGGUUGAGUUGGAUUUUUUACAGAAUAGUGAUCUCAUAUGAAAACCUGUGUACAGAUAUUUAAAGUAUAUAAAAAUCAGAUUGAUCACAUUUAUUUUUGGAAGUAUAUGUUCUCUAAGGUUCAUAUCAGGUUCCUCCUUUGUUUCCUUCAUAUAAACCCACCCAUGUGAUACUAAAAAUUCUGCUGUUGCUAUUUGUUAUUGAAAAUAGCAUAUUUAACAGCAAAGUGUUCUGGUUGCUGAGAUUUAAAAAAACCCAGUCUAAACAAAUGGGGAGCCUUGAAUCUAUAUGUAUGCACAUUGAUACUUGAUUGUGAAUAAUAAUUUUAGAAGUUGUUUUUCUACAACCUCAUUGGUGAUACAGAUUGGUGCAGUAAAUUACAAUAUUACAGUGUAGCAUAGUGUUGAUACAAAAUAUGAUUUGCGCUUUUUUCCUAGUUCUCAUGACUAAAGAGUAUUGCAAGACAGCUAAACCAAUGAAUGUGCAACUCUGCUGGUAUUGUACAAUUCUGCUAACGACUGCAGUACGCAGAUAUUAACAUGGCACAAUACACUAGCUCUAUACAAAAAAUAGGAACAUCCAAAGCAUUGGUAUAUUGGUAUGUAUAUGCUGGCAAUCGUCUGAUAUAAUUUUGAUCAUGCCAAAAGCUUAAAGAACUAAUUGGGCAUGCAUUCAUAUCCUGUGAAAACUGAAGAAGCAACUCGAAGCCAUGGCAUGAUUUAAAAGGUCAGACGUCUACUGUAGCUGUACCCAUGCCUGGUUUGAUGUUUUUUCUCAUGUACCUUGGCUCCAGCUAUGUAUUUUCUCAUGUUUGGAAAUACAGUGAGUACAAAAAAUAAAACCUGAUCUUUCAUUCAAUGAUCAGAUUUAGCUUUAAAAAAAAUAUAUCUAGUAAAGUCAUAGGGUUAAAAGUAUAAUUCAUUGUGUUGGAUGACUACAGGUCUUCUUCAGGGAAGGUGAGCUAAUUUUGGUAAUAUGGGUGAAGAUAAUCUUGGCGCUCUUUCUUCCAGUCGUAUUACUGCACUUUUCUUCACUCUGUCACCAGUUAUCACCUCACAAAAAAUUGGUUUGAGACUUUCUAAUGCUGAGAUUGCAUCCUGUAUUUUCUCUUAACAUGGUCAAUUUAAAUUUCAUGGGAGGAAUAAGGUUUGUAGGAUCAGGCCAAUACUUACUUCACGUUAACUUUUACU